CCAUAACACCGGUGCACGCGGGAGGUUUCCGGAAGAGUAUAUAUAAACCGAACGCGCAGAACCGACCGUGGGUCAUUUACAGCGUGAAUCAGUCCGCCGGUUAACUGGUUCUGCAAACCGAUCAAUUCUGUUGAACAUACUACAAAUACAUUUAUUUUUGUACGAUAAAUUGUUUCGUGUUUAGUAAGAGAGUGUUUUAAAAAUGGCUCUGUGGAAAUUACAAGUAUCUGUAUUGUGGUGCGGCCUGGCUCUGUUGUGCUCAAGUUUCGUAAACGUAAGUAUAAUAUCCAUAUAGAAAUUUAAGAAAAUCAUAUGCAUAUAAAUUACGCCGAAUCCGUGAAAUCGACAGAAAAAUUACCUAUUUCAGGAAAUAAACAAGUUGUCGAAUACAUGUUAUAGAAUCAGCAACUUGUCUAUCGAAAUUUUUUUGUCGAUUUCACGAAUGGCUGCAUUCGCUGCAAGGUUUAUGUAUGUCAUAUUUCAGCCUUUUAUUCUGUCUGUCGAAUACACGAAUUCAGCGAUACCUUAUUCGUUGAUAUUAUACGUAGUAAUACGUAUGUGCACUGAACGACAAGAAUCCAAAAACAAAACAUUUUAUCUUGUUAAUGUAUACGGUUUUUCUAUCGUCUAAAUAAAAUAAUAUACUUAUUAACUAUAAUCUAUAUUACACGUUAUUCCGUAUUUGGUUCGUUCGUUUUACGCAGUAAACAGCGAAUUUAAAAUAAUUGUUAUAAAUAUACUCUAUACGUUAAUAGGAAAUGGCAAGAUAUGUAAUUUGGCUUGCCACUAUCGGGUCACAGCUGUCGUAACACGGAAGAAUUGGGUUGACGAAAAUUUGUUUUAAACCUUGUUCAGCUUUUCAAUUAAUGUUAAUUAAUUUUUUUUUUUACCGAUUAAUUAUUUCAAUUUAAUGUUUUUAUAAUUUUCAAUUUAAAUUUCGGUCUAAAUAUUAAUACGAUGUGCUCAAAAUCGGAAAAGGUUUUUCUUAUUUAGUUUGUUCUUUGUUGCCUAUAAGUAUAAAAUACCCAUAACACUUAAUCACAUUUCUCUACUUUACUGAUUUCACGCAAUCGGCAUAUUUAUAACUUUCACGUUGCCGAUUUUACGCAUUCGGCAACGACGUUGCAUAUUUCAUGAAAUAGACUAUUUUUCAUCCUAUUUCACGGAAAUCCCCCGAAAUGGAGACUAUUGCGUUUUCAACUAUUGCGAGACUAUUAUCGAUACUUUCAGACACAUCUAGCAGUUCCUUUUGGACCGAAUGCAAAUUUGCGUAUGCGUUGCGUCGGCGUCAACAGCGAUUAUAAUAGGAUAUAGUUCGAUGGUCUAGAAAGCUGAAAAAUAAAAACCAAAUUAAAAUGAGUACGCGAGCGUUUGAAUUCAACAAAUUCUGAAUUUUUCGAAUCCGAUUUAAUAUUGCGACAUCGUUAUGAUUUAUGCGUAGUAAACAGUAGAAAAAAAAAAUUAAAAAUUUUCGCUUGGCGUACAAUAAUACUAAAUCUGGUAACAAGUAUUCAUUAUAGCGAUAACAUUUGUAAUACACUUAAUAUUGUAUGAUAUUCCAGGGAAAAUAUUCCGCGGAAGAUGUCGAUCUAUUCGGGAACCUGUGCAACGCCACUAAAGGUAAAACUUUUACGCCAGCAAUAUUUUAUAAUUUUCAAAACAAGGGCCUGAUUAAUGGAUUUUCUACCAAUAAGCUGGGGGGAGGGGUUGAUUUGGCUUUUGUUCAAUCAUGAGUCAUUAUCCACCUAUAAAUACUCCCCUCAAAAAAAAGGUCUGGCUACACCUAUGGUCAGAGAUACGAGUUUGAAAAAAUACAUUUAUUUUUUAAAAAAUCGUUUUGCCACACCCCUUCCCUAAUUUAACGGCACCCUGGGCUGCAGCCAUUUCAGUCUAUUGGUUAAUUAGGCCGGUCCUGUUUAAAACAAUAAAAUAUCGCGAGUUUUCGGUGAUCCGCCAUGCGGUUUUUCGACACGCCGAUACUUAACACGCACGCAUAUUUAAACAUUAUUUAUGCGAUUUCGUAAAAAUUCAAGUUUAUGGUAUAAUUUGAAUUUAAACGUUCCGCCGGUAUUUUUAUAUUAUAAUUUGUAUUUAAAUACUAAUCUCGAAAUCGUAUGUUUUUGUAUUUAGAGGAUAUGGACGUGGUGAAAAACUACGACGUACCGUCCACAGAAACAGGAAAGGUAAAUUAUUAUUUUUAUAUAUCGCUGCAAAGAUAAAUAAUGAAAUUCACUAUUUGCUUCUAUUUUUUUUCAAAUCUCGCACAAAGGUGUCUACGGGCGAGGUGUACAUAUUAUAGGGUCACCAACUUUUUCACGUCUUAUUUUAAACCACAGGUAGUUUAAUAAAAAAUGUAAUAUCGGUAGAAUAGGUAUAUUAUAGGUAUGACUUUUAACAAGUAAUAUUCUAUUAUAAGUAUAUUUUUUUUUAUAUCUUUAUACUUACUCUUUUGACUUGGAGAACUAAGUCGACAUUCUUACAAUUUAUUAGACAUGUAAAUUGUUAGUAAUAAUAGGUAGGUUCAUAUUUAAAAUAUCAUCUAUAUUCCAUAAACAUUUAACUUUUUGCACAAAAAAUAUAAAUACUAGAAUAGUAACAAAUCUGUAACAAGUUUAAAUAGGAUAUAAUUAUUUAUUGUCUUUAAUUAUACUAUACCGAUAGGUAUAUAAGUGAUAAAUGAUAACGCAUUCAAAAGAUUUAGUAAUGAACUUAAGGUAACUAUAAGGAAUUUGUCAAUAGACCUUAAACUAUAACCAGUAGGUAUAACCUAUUAAUGUUUAUGUAUUAAAAUUUGCAAUGAAACGUAAAAUAAUAAAGUUCCACACAGAAUUUAAAACGUUGUUGGUUGUAGGACAAAUUAAAUAAAUGUAGGACGGUUGCAAUCCUAGGUGUAUCCUAGGUGUAAGAGUCUUUCACGAUGUUUAAAAACAAUUUAUAACGUCUUUGUAAUAAAUGUACAAAUUAUUGGCUUCCAUUUUAUGAAAAAAAGUUAUAAGUACGUAAUAAAGAUAAUCAUAAAACUAAAGGUACGCAUAAUGACAUGUUUUAAAUUGUUUGAAAAAUCGAGAAAAAUCUUUAGACGGUUUUAUCUCGGGUAAUUUUUGAUGCUUUAAAAAUAAAAAAUAAAAUUAAUUUGAUGUGUUAUUUAUUUUGUUUCAGUGUUUCAUGAAAUGCUUAUGCGAAAAAUCAGGAAUGGUAAUUUAAAAAAAAAAAAAAAUUAUAAUAAUAAUAUUUUAUUUAUUGAUAAGCACUUUUAGUAUAAUAAAUAGAAUACAUAUUAUAUUAUGGAUAAAUUAUACGUGCGUAUUAUUAUGAUUUUUUUUCAGCUAGACUCCUACGGCAAAUACAGUAGAACUGGCACAAAAGAAGUGUUAACAAAAUACUGGCCCGAAACUCCAGUGAAUAUAAUUACGAAAGUAAAUGAUGCGUGCUACAUGGAAUGUAAGUCAUUAAUAUUUUUUUCCUCCUUAAGUAUAGUCAUCUAUUCCUAGUAUAUCUGUUAUAUGUCGUGUAUAUUCAUUCCGGGACAUACGACCCUACACCUUUACUACUUUCUAAACCCAGUUAAUACCGUUUUUUCGAUUUUCGAAUAUAUGCACUUCGGAUAUUUCAUUUGAAUACUUGUUCUAAUUUAAACAUUUCAUAUAAGAGUUUUUUUUUUUUAGUAUUUUGAAUUAAGUUAAUAUUUUAACGGUCACUUUUUUGAAAUACCAAGUAUUCUCCGUAUAGUAAUGGAAAAACUUUGAAAAUUGAGAACUGACCGAAGGUAAUAGCUGGCGCGUGUGUGAGCCCAAAUUUAAAAACGAGGCGUACUAAGUAUAUGAUCUCGUAAAAAAACCUCGAACUUUAAUGCAUUAUCAAUUAUUUGAUAAUGCAUUAUAGAUUUCAAUGUUUAAAAGUUUUGAAAAAUAUUUUUAUCCAAAAUAUAAUCUAAUGUGUUUUACUCGCAUUGAAAUAUUGGUGACAAAACGAUUUGAUUAAAAACGAGACUAACACAAUGAUUAUUUGGAAUUGAAUAUCAUCCGAUAAUAAAUAUUCAGUCAUUCAGUACGGCGGUAACUACCACCAAAUACUAGAAUAUAGGUGUAUCUACUAUUAUUCAGCAAUAGCCUACUACACGGCCCUAUACUCUGACACUUUCAUACUUACAAUAAUUUAUAAUGCAGGUAUUAUUAUACAUAUAUUACAACUAUCGUUAUAUGUGAGUUUUGUUGAAUUUUUUACUGGCCGCUUGGUAAGUUAAUUAUUCACUUAUGGGCUUUGUUCGCAGCUUUAAAAAUAUCGCCGACCGAAUUGGGAACUUGUAAUUAUUACUACAAAGUGAAGAAGUGUUUGAACACUCAAUAUAAACGCGUAAGUGGUGCGCGCGUCUUCUUCUAUUUGAAUUCUAUGACUGAUAUAAAAAAAAUGUAAUUGAUUUCUAGUACGGCAUGCUGUAGAGUGUAAUGUGACAAUUACGACGGAGGAGCGGAUCUCGCAAUCAACGAAAACCGAAAUCGAAAAGUUUAUGAAUCGUACGCACGUCUAUAAUCUAACAAAUCAGUUUUUUAUAUGCACAUUUUUCCGGUUUAUUUAACCGCCGGGAAUUAAAAUUUUUUAACCGUCCAAAAUAAAUACCGUUUUACGAUAACAAUAUAUAAUGUUUUAUUCAUUGAAGUUAAGUUAAAUACAGGUUCGCGAAUAUUAUGCAUAUUUUAAUGUAAUUAGAACCUCUAUACAUAACGUUUU